UUCUAGCUCCCGUGAGCAAGCGGGUGUAAAGGUCAGCUGGAUUAUCCGCGUCCUCGGUGUCCCUCCUUCAGACCGAGCGGCGAGGAUGUCGACCUCUCUGCUGGUCUCUUGCGGGGACGAGGGGCACGCCGACGUCGGACACACCGGAGCGGCAGAGCAACCGAGGAAGAGGAGGAGGAGGAGGAGCGCGAGCGCGAGGAGGUCCCGACUGCGCCGCGUGGCCUGCGUCGCGCGCUUCGCGACCGCCGCGUGCGUGUCGGGCCUGGUCAUCUUGGUGAUCGUCUCGGUCGCGCACACCGUGGACAACGCCAGGGAGAAGGCAUCCGCCUGGAGAUUCAUCCACGAGCCCGACGACGACCCACGGCCGAACUUGACUAUCAUAACGCAAGAAGUUUGGGGCACGGAGGACACGCCACAUUUAAUCGGCUUUGCAACGGUGAACAACACGUGGAGUAGAUCGUCGAAUAGCACGGAAUUAUUGUCACCGAUAGCGUCAUUCGUCUUGCCACGAGAUGCAUUGAAAAACAGUGCCGAUCCGUAGAGAACAAUAUAACGGCAAACGUGUUUAUGAAUGUGUGCACACGUGUCAACACGACGCAUAUCUUAUUCUGAAUAAACCAUCCAAACGAAUCACUCAUGUAAACUUCAAUGCAUGGGAUUUCGCGAACGGUCGUCGUGAAUAUGUCAAAACAGCUACGGAUGACUAGAUGGAUGGAUGCUAUGAGCGUCCCCUUUGGAACGGAGCGGUGGGUUGCGCCACCAAGCUCCAGCUAUUAUACUGCUUAAUGUCCUACCUAGGUUAAAAAAGAAAAAAGAAACUAUGAACCCCUACAGCCAAAUGUUCUGAUCCCC